AAACACAGAGACAGUCGCGCUAACGCGGGAAACCCUACUAGCGAGGGCUGCGCUAUCACGUCGGUCAAAGUGCACGCAGAGAUGCCUGAGUUAGGCGGCGCUUUCACGGUGCGGGAGCGACAGUCCGACUGAGUCGGGCGUGGGAGUAAGUCAGCCUCGCCUUCGCUGAUACGGGGGGGUUUGUUUUUUUUUCGUUUUUCUUUUUUUCUUCUUCUCUUUUCUUUCCUCGCAGUUCGUCCGCAGACUGGGUCGGGCUGCGGGAUUUGUUGUAAAGUGACAGUCCCGUCCCCCCCCCCCACUCCCUCCUCUCCCUCCCUCCCUCCCCUCCGCCGGCGCGGAAAACACGGGAAUUGUUCCAGUUGUUGGUCGGCACCGUGACUACUUGGAGGAGACCGGACGGAGCCGCGCCGUGAAAGGUAACGACCCUCAGGCCGGGCGGAGCCGCGCUGUGAAGGUAACGACCCUCAGACCGGGCGGCCCCGCUGCGCUCGCGCCGGUCCAACUUUAGCGCCCGUUGCCGUUGUCGCAUAUCAGCCGUCGAACGGCGGUGUAACCAUAACGAUAAUAACGGCAGGCUGUUAGUGCAGAAGCAGGCACCAUGUCCACCCCCACAGACCCAGAGGUUAAGGAGCUGAACCCCGUCGACUUCAUCCAGCUGCAGCAGUACAUUGAAUACUGUAGCGUGAAGGUGAAGGAUGUGCUGAGGGAGUUUAAUGCAGAUGGCAGUCUGGCCCAACACAGACACGGAGAGUGCAUCAAUGAAGAGGGCUUCCGUCUCUUCCUGAAGACCUAUUUAGAAGUGGAAGACUUCCCUGUGGAUCUCUGCCAGCGGCUAUUUCGCUCCUUCCAGAACUCCGAGCUGGCCCAAGAGGACACUGCCAAAGAGGUCUUUCUGAAGGAUGUUUCGUGUUACUUCUCUCUGCUGGAGGAUGGCCAACCCAGGGACAAGUUGGAGUUCGCUUUCAAGCUCUAUGACAGGGACGGCAAUGGAGUCCUUGACAGCUCCGAGGUGGACAGGAUUAUCGCUCAAAUGAUGCAUGCUGCAGAUUACCUCGGCUGGGACGUGUCAGAACUCAGACCGUUGCUGUCAUUUCAUCAGGUACUGAAGGACAUGAUGACAGCAAUUGAUGCUGACAGCAGCGGCACGGUAUCUCUGGAGGAGUGGGUGGAGGGUGGCAUGAACAACGUUCCUUUGCUGGUUUUACUGGGACUGAAGAUGACGCAGAAAGAUGGGCAGCACCUUUGGAGGAUGAAGCAUUUCAACAAGCCCGUUUACUGCAAUGUGUGUCAGUGCAUGCUGCUGGGGCUGAGGAAGCAGGGGCUGUGCUGUACUUGUUGUAAAUACACAGUUCACGGCCGCUGUGCAAACAGGAACCCUGACCCCUGCACCAAGACCUAUGUCAAGUCCAGGAAAGAAACAGGGGUUCCAGCACAUGACUGGGUGAGUGGGAACUGUGACUCUAAGUGUGAUAAGUGCCAGAAGAAGAUUAAGAGCUACCAGGGCUUAACCGGCAAACACUGCGUAUGGUGCCACAGUAUGUGUCAUGAUGAGUGUGCAGCCCAGGAGCCAACAGAGUGUACCUGCGGACCCCUCAGAGACCACAUCCUCCCUCCAUGGGCAAUAUACCCUGUGAUAAAAGAGAGGCCAAACCACAUGAAGGACGGGGGCGCCGGCCCGACAGAGGACAGCGAGCUCAAUACCACACCUGACGGCCAGGUGCUUCAGAUUUGCCCUGUGCCAAACACGCAUCCUCUUCUGGUGUUUGUCAACCCUAAAAGUGGGGGAAAACAGGGAGAAAGAGUCCUGCGCAAAUUUCAGUAUUUGCUGAAUCCACGGCAGGUAUACAACCUUCUGAAUGGCGGACCAGGGCCAGGAUUGAGUUUCUUCAGAAACCUACAGGAUUACAGGAUUUUGGUGUGCGGGGGCGAUGGCACGGUGGGGUGGAUUCUUGAUGCAAUAGACAAAGCCAACCUUGUGGUGCGGCCACCUGUAGCUGUGCUUCCUCUAGGCACAGGAAAUGAUCUUGCACGAUGUCUCCGAUGGGGAGGAGGAUAUGAUGGUAUGGAUCUGAGUCGUAUCCUUAAAGAUUUGGAGGGGAGCUCCCAGGUGCUCAUGGACCGCUGGAGUAUUCAGGUUAUCACAGAUGAGAAUCAGGAGAAGGGCGACCUUGUGCCAUAUGAGAUCAUCAACAACUACUUCUCAAUUGGAGUUGAUGCCUCCAUUGCCCACCGAUUUCACACGAUGAGGGAGAAACAUCCCCAGAAAUUCAAUAGCAGAAUGAAGAACAAGCUGUGGUAUUUUGAAUUUGCAACUUCGGAAACCAUCUCUGCUUCCUGCAAGAAACUGAACGAGUUCUUAACAAUUGAGUGCUGCGGCACUCCUCUAGAUUUGAGUGGCCUGUCUCUGGAGGGGGUUGCUGUCCUAAACAUUCCCAGCAUGCAUGGCGGCUCCAACCUAUGGGGGGAGACCAAAAAAUGCGACACAAAGGGCUUGAUGGGUCAAGAAGAGCCUGACGUGAUUGUGGACUCUGAAAUUCUGAAAGUUACCUCUCAAGAUCUCAGUGACCGUCGGUUAGAGGUGGUCGGCCUUGAAGGGGCCAUGGAGAUGGGACAGAUAUAUACAGGCCUCAAGAGUGCAGUCAGGCUAGCAAAAACAUCCCAGAUUACCAUCAGGACAAAAAAAGCUUUACCAAUGCAGAUAGAUGGAGAGCCUUGGAUGCAGCCACCCUGCACGAUUCACAUUACACACAAGAAUCAGGCCAGUAUGCUGAUGGCUCCACAGGCCAAGUCAUCUGGUUUUUUCAACUACAAAUAAAACUCAGCAGGAGUUACAACGGUGACUGGCAUACACUUGCUUAUUGUAUAUUUGAUUAAGGACUGAAACACUUUUGGUCUGUAAAAUUCUGUUUGAAUGUGUAUGUUGCAAAGGAAAAAAAAGAAGCAAACUGCAUUGCAGCAUAGCCCGAGCAUGCACAAGUGAGUUCUGAAGAUGCAUCACAAACCAUUGAAGCAUGGCGUUCUAUUUAUGAAUACAGAGUUCACUGUAGGUGUGGCCUUUAGAGGACACACUUGUGUUUGCAUUGUGGCAUGAAUGGUUUUGAGCAAAUUUACUCGACGCUAUCAUCAACGCUGAACACAUGUUGCUCCAUCUGCCCCGGUGCACGACAGUUUAUGAAGCAUUGCCAGUUGUUACUAUCACUCUGUGAAUGUAAUGCGACGAGGAGAACCUUCAGUGAGCUUUGUGUGCCUUUGUGUGUCUCCUACUGUUGGGACAUAGUCACCAGGAACCGGUUAGUAGGAUCCCAAUGUCCGAACGGGUGACUUACCUUGUAGUAUUAAGGUAUUCAUGUGGCUAUAAAGCUUUAAGUCUGCGAGGCCAACUGUAUGUACUUGUGAAUUUAUAAAUUUGAACAAACUAGAAAA